AUGGACCUCUUCUCUCUCUCAGGUAGAACUGCACUCGUCACCGGCGGAACGCGCGGCAUUGGCCAGCAAAUGGCCAUUGGCAUGGCCGAGGCUGGCGCCGACAUCGUCCUUGUCCAGCGAGACACCAGCAACCAAGAUACCAAGCAACAGAUCGAAGCUCUCGGGCGCACUGCAACCAUAUACACAGCGGAUCUUUCAUCCCGUCCCUCUAUCUCGGCUCUCGUAUCCUCUGUUCUCAAGGAUGGCCACGACAUCUCCAUCCUGCUCAACUGCGCAGGGAUUCAACGCCGACACCCAAGUCAUCUCUUUCCGGACUCGGACUGGGACGAGGUCUUGCAGGUCAACCUAUCGACGGUUUUCACACUCUGUCGGGAUAUUGGCGCCUAUAUGCUCAGUCGUACUCCCGACUCCUCUGGCAAGCGUGGAAAUAUCAUCAAUAUUGGCUCUCUGGUCUCGUUCCAGGGAGGGUUGACGGUCCCAGCCUACGCAGCUGCUAAGGGCGGCAUUGCGCAGUUGACCAAAGCGUUGUCCAACGAGUGGGCGGCCAAGGGGGUCAAUGUAAAUGCCAUCGCCCCGGGAUAUGUGGCCACGGAUAUGACGUCCGCAUUGAUGCAGGACGAAGAACGCUCGGCUGGGAUCCUGGCACGGAUUCCAGCGGGCAGAUGGGGCAGUCCGGAGGAUUUUAAAGGGGUGACGGUGUUUUUAGCGAGUCGGGGCAGUGGCGUCAUGCCGACCUCCAACUCUUCGCCCGUCAAGCGCCCCGGUCUGGGCCGCCGUGCGGUCUCCUCACACGCCGUCGUCACGCGCUCCACGCAACAGCAAAACGAGUUGGCCAAUUCGCACUCCUCCCACCAGAAACUUCCUCUUCGUCCUCAUCGCCCACACGUCGUCGGUGGUCAUCGAAAUCAUCACCGGAACCCUUCCCACGGCAAGAAUCUCGCCAAAUUUCAGCGUCAUACCUCCCAUACCUCGGUUCAUCAUUUGCCGGAAACUACGACGACGACCGGUCGCUAUCACCAACGCAAAAAGUCCGCCCCUGCUACGCCCGCCGCUAGCCCUCGGGGUCAACAUCACGUCCGUUGGGAUGGGGCGGUGGAUAGUCAUCCUACCACGGCUUCGAUGAAGAAGAAUAACUCUAGCCCCGCUCUUCGACGAACCAACUCCGGCGGUGUCGUCGGCAAGAAGGCCCUAGUGACGUCUCGCCCCAACUCCAGCUCCGGCAAGAAGAAGACCGUAGGCUUCGAGCUGGCGGACUCCGACAACGACGACGGCGACUGGGAGGAUACCACUCAGUCGCCAGAAAGCACGCGACGGAGCUCGGUCGCCCAAUCCAAGGAGAGCGUGGAGAACGCUGCAGUGUUGGUGGAUCCUCUUACCUUUGUCAAACGCCCCUACCCACAAUUCCCUCGAGCGACCAGCCUUCCGGAGUCGACCAGUAAGAGUUUUGGGGAAGGUCAUUCGCCCGACGAAGACGACAACGACAACGAGGACGACGACGAAGACUCUGACAUCAAAACAACACGCCCCUCCCAGGAUACCGAAGAGCAAGAGGACGCCGCUGGCCGCACUCUCGACCACGCCGACAUCGCUAAUCGCUUGUUGAGUCCGUCUCACUCCGCCAAAGCUCCGCCCGCCAUGUCGUCCAUCUCCGCCACGGUGAAACCGACCGCCGUCGACUCCAUCUCCCGUAAUGCCUCUCUGACCAACAUCGCGACCGGUCCGGAUGGUCUUCGACGCCCUCUAUCGUCCUCAAACCCGCCCAUGGCCAAUACCCCCGGCACCCCGGCCCAGGCAACCUCGUCCUCGAUCGAAGGCGGUGUUUCCAGGUUCAUCAAGACUGGUUUCCACGCCUCGGUCCGCACGGAUUCGGACCCCAAUACCCCCUCCUCGUUCUUACCACAUUAUCACCCGCAAACUCCUCCGUCGCCGAACCGUGCCUCGAGUUCGAGGCGAUCUCGUGCGUCUCCUCCGACCCGGGCCCCAGGUACCGAACCGCCCUCCCGCACGCAACAGAAACUUUGGCUGCAGCGGACGGCGGCUCUUAACACCUCCCCUCCCGAUGCCCAUGGAGUCUCCACGGCCGUGUCCCCAUCCACCAUGGAUCCGAACUACAUGGCUACGCGCCAGGGUGCCGGUCCGUUUGACCCCGGACGUGGCCUGGUGAAUGGGUCCACCCGGUCUGGCAACGCGGUCCAUGACAAUGAGACCAAGCACAUUCGCAAGGCAUACGAAAAGACCUCGCUAGAGCUGACGGUGGUUCGACGUUUCCAGUCCCCCACGGGAGACAGCUUCCGCCGGUUGAACUUCAUCCUCAACGAUAUCAACGGCCCGAACUUUGGUCAUCAGCGACACUCCUCACUCGGUAAACCAAUCAAGUCUGCUCCCGCGUUGACCCAUUUGCAAGAUGGUAAACAGCAGAAGCUUGGUCAGAACAGUCCCAGCCCGGAGCCCAGGCAGCUCAUGGGCCGGAAACAGGCACCUAUACGCACGUCGGUCUCACAGACAUACCUUCAAGAUCCCGAAGAGCUAGUUAAUGAUACCACCGAGGCGGGCCAGCCUGCGAAGGCGCCGCAGCAUCCCUCUCACCGCAUUCUCUCGACCUCCGAUGAAGCCGCCCACAAUAAUCCCGCGGGCGAAGAGGAGUCCGAAGAAGCAGCACCGCCACCCUACUUCAGCAACGAGACUGAAAUGAUGAUCCGUCGCAUGUGGGAAAGUCGUGAAGUCGCUGAAUCCGGCUAA